AAUUGCCGCCACGUGGACGCGCUACGCCUUCCUCACUUGGCCCAACUGCUUUUAGACUCGCCACCGACGUGCUCGACGGCGACGGCGACCCUCUUGACGUCCUCCAUAGGUCACCCCGAAGAGCUUCGCCGCCAUGCCCUUCUAUCAAAUGCUAUGCAUCACUGCGCACUACAAUGAAUACAAACCCAUCAGGGAACUCGUACAGCGCACAGUUCAACAUGUCUGGGACAGAGGGGGUGUUGUGCGCAGGCUAAACUCGUGGGGUACCAAGACGCUUCCGCAGCGUAUGCGUCGACACAAGCAGUACCACCAAAUCGGCGACUACUGGACCCUAGACUUUGACGCAUCUCCACGCGCCCUCCGCUCGCUCAAUGGCAUCAUGCGAGGUGACCCUAGUGUCGUACGCUGGACGGUGCUCAAGCUCGGGGACAAGGCCGAGAACAUUGUUCAGCCACCGAACAAAACCACACCGCGGUAGUUGACUUGCCGUUCGACCGUCAAUGCUACUACUAGGGGCGGAUUUCCGUUGGUCUAUACGUGUACCCAUAUAUCUCUUAAUUGCCAGCGCACCGCACAUCCACCGUUUGCUUCCAAGAGCCGUCGACGCCCCUACCAGGGAAUCACAUUCAAUCCUAUAGUGCUGACCUUGCAGAUAGGCAAAAGCGUCUAGUAUAUUGAUGUCGCC